CUUGCGUUCCCCGGAAGCUGGAGUUGUACUAAUAAAGGAACUGACGUCACAAUACAGUUGUCGCAAACAUGGCGUCCGUGACAACAGCCACAUCAGAGUGGAUUCAGUUUUUUAAGGAUGCAGGCAUCCCUGCUAGUCUGGCUGUCACAUACGCGGUUUCCUUUGUGGAUCACCGAAUUCAAAAGAACAUGCUAAUGGACCUGAGUAAAGACAUCAUGAUGGACCUCGGCAUUACUGUCAUUGGUGACAUCAUUGCCAUCCUGAAACACGCCAAGCAGGUCUACAGGCAGGAUAUGUGCAAAAUGGCAACUGAGGCCAUCUCCUCAGGACAGACGAGUGUUCAAGCUGAGCUCAGAAAAACAGCUAAUACUCCUGCUACUCGCAUGAUCGCCAACGCUCUGAGCCACGAAUCCCCACCAGCCACCCCCGCCCGCAGACCCGACAACCGCCUCUGUGUCACCGUUUCCAACACACAAGCAAAUAAGAACAACAAAGCAGUUGUAAGUCAGCCUGCUGACGAGGGGAACGGCCUGCCAGCAGUGAAGCGUCGGCGGGUGACAGCUGAAAUGGAAGGCAAGUACAUCAUCAACAUGCCCCAGGGGACCACUCCCCGCACACGCCGAAUCCUGGCCCAACAGGCCAAGAAAGGUCUAAAACGUACUUCUGUGUUUGAACGACUUGGAGCUGAAUCAAAGGCAGACACGACCAGCAGCAACAACAAGCAGCCCACUGGAGUCUUCAGUCGCCUCGACGGAGGGGAAAGCGAGGCCGCUCUGAACCCCGGAGCCGUGGCUGAAAACAUAGGCGAUGAGGAUGACAGCGACGGCGAAGGCUCCGUCCUCCAGUACGCUGGUGUCCUCAAGAAACUGCCUCCGUCGCAGAAAAAGAAGACGUUCAAAAAAGCCGCCCCAACCACCCUGCGGCGCCUAGGGGCCAAAUUCAAGCUUCCCUCUUCUGACGCGCCCACGUCUUCUUCUUCCACCCUUAACGGGCUGCCGCCCGCCAAGAUCAGCGUCCUGCAGAGACUGGGCAAGGUCCCGGCCACAAGCGCUGUAGCGGCUCCAGCGCCUGCUGACACUCAGGACAACAGGGUGACCAGCACCAAACCCAAAGUCCAGGACAGAAUGGUUAAAGCAAACUCAAAGGUCAGCAGCAGCACAGGGGCUGGGGCAGCAGGAGGAGAUGCUGGAGGAGCUCAGAUGGACGUCAAGGCUGUCAGUGUCUUCAAGAGACUGGGAAGCAAGAGAACCUAACAGCUAAAAACAUCCUCUUUCUACACAUUUUUAAUAGUCUGCAUUGCCACCUUUUCACUUUACUCUUGAUGCAAAUAUAACCUCAAUUAAGUGUGAACUGGAUCCACCCCCAUUGGCCUUAUAGCAACUACCUGUCCCACCCAUCCACCCAUUCAUCCAUUCUUCCAUUCAUCCACCAGCCAACAACAAAAAAAAAAACCUUAAUCUUAUUUAAGCUGCCAUUGAAAAGUUACUUUUGUCCAAACUUUGAAGUCUCACUGUGCUUUGUGUUGCUCAACCAUAUGGCUGCUUAAGUGUUUCUAUGAUCAAAUGUGUAGUAUUUUAUAUACUUGUGCGCUUACUGUAGGAGCAUGAAGCCACCACAUUAAAAAAAAGAAAAAUCUAAAUGAAUAAGAUCAAAGUGAGGAGCCUGCUGCCUAAAGUUUCCCUCAACGAUUCCUUUGUGAGUACAACCAAGUGGUGUAAAGUGUUCCUUCUCUAAGACACGUUCUCCAUAAGGGUAUAGAGUCAACUCAAUGUACAAGACAGUGGUUAGAAUAAAGAGUUAUCAUGAUGUAAUGGAUAGAUCUCAUCAUUUUUGCCAAAAAAAUACCUGAUUCAAGAAGAUGUGGAGAAAGGCUCACAGAAAAAUACUUGAAAUGCAAAAAAAGCAAUGUUUUUACUCUGCUUUUGUGCAUAUUAGAGCAGAAAUGAACAUUCUGUUUUACCACAGAUCAUUUUCUGAAGCAUCUUCUUGGUUUGAUUCGAAAUGUAUAUAUUAGGUAGAUUUAAUUGCACACUGAACUGAACCCACUCCUGAUCUGUAUUUUUCUACAUGGGUGUUUUAGUUUAAGGAAAGAACCCAAGAAGUGUAAUAUAGCACUUUGUCAGGGGGGGUGGUGGUCAUUGUGCUUUUUAUCUCUGUAGGUGCUUUACCCAGCCCCAUGUAUACUGUGUUCACACCUCAACUUUGUAUCACUGUAAAUAUUUUUGAAAUGUUUUUAUUGUUAAAAAAAAAAGAAGAAGAAGAAGCGGUACACCUCGUUGUGCACGUUUGAUUUUUAAUUUAAGAAACUGAAGGAAGGUGUGCUCUCAGUUUCAACGGAGAUUAAACCAGAUGCAACAUCCA